CCGGUCGUUUCUUUGCUAUACUUGUCUCUCUUCUCGCCCUCCUCUUGAGAUGGUCGCCCCACCGCCUGCGAAUUCGCAGAGGCAAUACUAUCAGAAUAGCUCUCCCUCUAGCACUUCUUUGCUAGCGCCCCAAGGGCCAUUUGAAGAUCCUAAGCCCGCCUUCGCUAGAGGCCCACGCUCUCUUCGCUCGUCCGCAAGCUCAUCAUCUCUCAACGCCAACCAUGGUGACACUUCCUCCGUUGCAGUACCAGCCUCCAUAUCGGAGAAGUAUGUCCUCCCGCUGGAUCCCGACGCCUUGAGCAGGUCGCAUCUGGUAGACGGACCCGAGCCGGACGAUAACCUGCACAAUCCCGACCCAAGGCGGGAUCGUAAGGGCGAUCGUAGCGGCAGGAUCUUCACCGCCCGAGGCCUCAUGAACCUCGGGUGUAUCGCGGUCCUCGCAGCGGGCACUAUUGCAUUAUUCGCCGGUUAUCCGCUUGCUAGCUACUUCACGAAACAUCCCCUGUCGGCGCUUGGUGGAUUUAACCUCGGUGGGAUCAAUGCCACCGGCCAGAUCCCGGUCAUGCCUGGCAACUGGGGUCUCAUCGACGCCGACACGCCCGACGAUGCGCGCACCAGGGCUGACUACGUCACUGGCAAGGACUGGCAGCUCGUCUUCAGCGACGAGUUCAACACCGACGGCCGCACGUUCUAUCCCGGGGACGACCCGUACUGGGAGGCGGUCGACCUGCACUACUGGCAGACGAACAACCUGGAGUGGUACGACCCGGAGGCGAUUAUGACGCGCAACGGCUCGCUCGAGAUCACGCUCUCGCGCAAGGAGAACCACAACCUGUCGUUCACGGGUGGCAUGAUGUCCAGCUGGAACAAGUUCUGCUUUACGGGCGGUCUCGUCGAGGCGCGUGUGAUGCUCCCUGGGGCGAACAACAUCCAGGGUCUGUGGCCCGCGAUCUGGGCGAUGGGCAACCUCGGCCGCGCGGGCUACGGCGCCUCGCUCGACGGGAUGUGGCCGUAUACCUAUGAUGCGUGCGACGUUGGCACAGCGCCGAACCAGACGGUCAACGGGCUCCCGAUUGCCGCCACGGAGAACGGCGACCCCGGCAAUGGCGAUGUCCUCUCGUUCCUGCCUGGCCAGCGACUCUCGCGGUGCACCUGCCCAGGGGAGUCGCACCCAGGUCCUGUGCACGAGAACAACGAAUACGUCGGACGUGCGGCGCCUGAAAUCGACAUGUUCGAAGCGCAGGUUGGUGGCGAUAAAACGAAAUUCGGUGAAGUGUCGCAGUCUGGCCAGUGGGGUCCCUUCAACGCUGAAUACAAGUGGUUCAAUAACUCGGACACGUUGACGAUCCAGGAUUCUACCAAGAGUAAACUGAAUAGCUACCUGGGAGGCGUGUAUCAGCAAGCCACAUCUGUAGUUACGAAGACGGACCCCGAAGCGUACGAGCUGAGCGGCUUCCAAUAUUCGACUUACGGCUUCCAGUACCAGCCGGGCUUUGGCGAUGCUUACAUAUCGUGGAUCGCGGACGGGCAGCUGGCAUGGGUGCUGCACCAGUCCGGCAUGGCGGCAGAUCCGGUGGUGGAAAUUAGCGAGCGACCUGUGCCCCAAGAGCCGAUGUAUCUGAUCAUGAACCUGGGCAUGUCCAGAAACUUUGGCUUCGUCGACCUUGACCACUUGACCUUCCCGGCGACACUGCGUGUGGACUAUAUCCGUGUGUACCAGGACCCGGACAACGUGAACAUCGGCUGCGACCCGCCCGACUUCCCUACUAAGGCGUAUAUUGAAGAGUACAUCGAGGCAUACACUAACCCCUUGCUCACAACGUGGGUCGAUGACUAUAAGCAGACCAUCCCGAAGAACAAGUUUGUUGACGGAUGCGACGCUUGAAAUCGGCCUUUCUCGAUCAUACCCACUAUACCAGUUUUGUUCGUUGUUGUGCUGUUGGAACGCUUGCGCUAUGGUUUGUUAUAAUAUAUGUUAUUUGCUAG